AUGGCUCCGUCUCCUCGCAAACAGGCGCCUAGUACGCCCAAGAAAAUAUCCCAGCCUUCACCAACAAAAGGUACAAGAACAUCUCCUCGUAAGAAGGCAUGGGGUUCACCGGCAAAAGCAACUGCAAAGUUCCGAAGUGAAAUUUUUUCAUCUGAUGAGUUCGCCGAAUUAUCGAAUAAGUCUUGGGCGGAAAUCACCGAGGAAGAUGAGGAACUUUCAAAUCGGCUCGAAGCCGAGCGAGGAUGCAAAAGUGAUUCUAGGCGAAAGGGUCAGCCAAAAAGAGCCAGCAACAGCCAAAAUAAGUCGAAGUUCAUUCGUUCCCUCGAAUUAACCAACGAAGUUUUCAAAUCAACUUCAACCCGUCGAUCACAGAGAAGUAAGUCACGGACUCGCAAUGGAAAUGUUGUCGAAACAGAAAGCGAAGAAGUCAUGGAGACUAUUGUAUUGGAGACAUCUUCUGGCCCAAUUAGUCGUAAAAGAUGUCUCUCAAAUGCAUCAACAAUCAACGAAGAAGGCUCGCCAUCGAAGCGUCGUAUGGAUACUGGAAAGACGAACCGCAAAGCUCCAAGAGCUCGUCUUUUCAAUAGCUCCGACAGUUCGAGUGUAACAAGCAGCCCCUCUCGUAGAGAUCACUGGGAAGAACCCACUCUGGGGUGGUGCACGGACGAUGCUGUUCUUAAGAGACGUUCAAGAGAGAUCGAUAGAGCUAAGGAGAAGGCUGUCUAUCAGAGAUACAUUGCUGAGGUUCCAAUUCGUGAUCGCGUCAAGGGACAACACCCACGUACUCCAAACAAGCUCAUAAACUUCAGUCGUCGUAGUUGGGACACUCAGAUCAAAAAAUGGAAGAGAAGCUUGUACGAAUAUUGCGGAGAGGAGCCGUCUGAAUCAGUCAAUACUUCAUUCUGCAGUUAUUCGGAUGACGCAAUGAGCGAGUCUGGUGACACCGACAAGGAAACUGAGAACAGAAACAUUCUCCGAAACCUCGAAAUUCCAGUCCCGAUGCGCCCGGAGGUAGAUUCGAUGGCUUCACUUCUCGGAAAAUUCGAUGUUGACUCCCAGAUGGGAAUAGAUGAGAGCACUCUCAAGGCGUCCACGAAUUCAGACCCAUCGGCCCCAACCGACUUUUCGAAGCUGUCACAUCAGCAUUAA